GAGCCGCCCCCAGCCGGGCGGGCGCCUCAGCCAUGGCCCUGCGCAAGGAACUGCUCAAGUCCAUCUGGUACGCCUUUACCGCGCUGGACGUGGAGAAGAGCGGCAAAGUCUCCAAGUCCCAGCUCAAGGUGCUGUCCCACAACCUGUACACGGUCCUGCACAUCCCCCAUGACCCCGUGGCCCUGGAGGAACACUUCCGAGAUGAUGACGACGGCCCUGUGUCCAGCCAGGGAUACAUGCCCUACCUCAACAAGUACAUCCUGGACAAGGUGGAGGAGGGGGCUUUUGUUAAAGAGCACUUUGAUGAGCUGUGCUGGACCCUGACGGCCAAGAAGAACUAUCGGGCAGAUAGCAACGGGAACAGUAUGCUCUCCAAUCAGGAUGCCUUCCGCCUCUGGUGCCUCUUCAACUUCCUGUCUGAGGACAAGUACCCUCUGAUCAUGGUUCCUGAUGAGGUGGAAUACCUGCUGAAAAAGGUACUCAGCAGCAUGAGCUUGGAGGUGAGCUUGGGUGAACUGGAGGAGCUUCUGGCCCAGGAGGCCCAGGUGGCCCAGACCACCGGGGGGCUCAGCGUCUGGCAGUUCCUGGAGCUCUUCAACUCAGGCCGCUGCCUGCGGGGCGUGGGCCGGGACACCCUCAGCAUGGCCAUCCACGAGGUCUACCAGGAGCUCAUCCAAGAUGUCCUGAAGCAGGGCUACCUGUGGAAGCGAGGGCACCUGAGAAGGAACUGGACCGAACGCUGGUUCCAGCUGCAGCCCAGCUGCCUCUGCUACUUUGGGAGUGAAGAGUGCAAAGAGAAAAGAGGCAUUAUCCCACUGGAUGCACACUGCUGCGUGGAGGCCCGGGCCUCUAUGCAGGCUGAGAUGGAGUUGAAGGAGGAGGAGGCUGCCCGGCAGCGGCAGCGCAUCAAGGAGCUGGAGGAGAUGCAGCAGCGGUUGCAGGAGGCCCUGCAACUAGAGGUGAAAGCUCGGCGAGAUGAGGAAUCUGUGCGACUCGCUCAGACCAGACUGCUGGAAGAGGAGGAAGAGAAGCUGAAGCAGCUGAUGCAGCUGAAGGAGGAGCAGGAGCGCUACAUCGAACGGGCGCAGCAGGAGAAGGAAGAGCUGCAGCAGGAGAUGGCACAGCAGAGCCGCUCCCUGCAGCAGGCCCAGCAGCAGCUGGAGGAGGUGCGGCAGAACCGGCAGAGGGCUGACGAGGAUGUAGAGGCUGCCCAGAGAAAACUGCGCCAGGCCAGCACCAAUGUGAAACACUGGAAUGUCCAGAUGAACCGGCUCAUGCAUCCAAUUGAGCCUGGAGAUAAGCGUCCGGUCACCAGCAGCUCCUUCACAGGCUUCCAGCCCCCUCUGCUUGCCCGCCGUGACUCUUCCCUAAAGCGCCUGACCCGCUGGGGAUCCCAGGGCAACAGGACCCCUUCGCCCAACAGCAAUGAGCAGCAGAAGUCCCUCAACGGUGGGGAUGAGGCUCCUGUCCCGGCUUCCACCCCUCAGGAAGAUAAACUGGAUCCAGCACCAGAAAAUUAGCCUCUCCUAGCCCCUUGUUCUUCCCAAUGUCAUAUCCACCAGGACCUGGCCACAGCUGGCCUGUGGGUGAUCCCAGCUCUUACUAGGAGAGGGAGCCGAGGUCCUGGUGCCAGGGGCCCAGCCUCCAACCAUAAACAGUCCAGAAUGGAACCUGGUUCACCCUUCAUACCAGCUCCAAGCCCCAGACCAUGGAGACUGUCUGGGGUGUUGAUCCUUGAGAACUUGCCCUGUGCUUUAGACCCAAGGACCCAACCCCUGGGCUGGGAAAGAGUGAACAAGCAAGCUGGGGCCACCUGCCCCCAGGUGGCCACCAAGUUGUGGAAGCACAUUUCUAAAUAAAAACUGCUCUUAGAAUGAA